GGCUGGAGUAUGGUCUGACGGCAGAUUUAUCAAUUUCGAACUCAAACCUGCCGGUGGCCGCAGCACUGCACUUCACCGGGACGAAGCUCCGAACUCCAUUCGAGUCCAGACGAAGAUGCUGCACCGCGCAGCUUCUCCGGCCAUGUCAGAGAAUGAAUUUGACAUAGCAAAAAGUCUUUUCCAAGAUGAAGCUGAUUCUGACAUUGAUACCCGGCCCCGAAAGCGAAAGGCACCGACUUCGCUGAACCUCGAUGUUAUGGCCGACGACAACGGCGAUGGAGACGAUGGAGGCUCCGAUGACGACGCCGCUUUUAUCGCCGCCCACCAGGCGUCGAUGAACCGAAAAGCAUCCAAUCUAAAGGGUCGGACGGUAAAGAAGGGUGGUGGGUUUCAAGCCAUGGGCCUCAAUGCCAACCUACUCAAGGCUAUCACACGCAAGGGAUUUUCGGUUCCGACACCGAUCCAGCGAAAGACCAUUCCUCUAGUUUUGGACGAUCAGGACGUUGUGGGUAUGGCGCGUACAGGUUCAGGGAAAACUGCUGCAUUUGUGAUCCCGAUGAUUGAGAAGUUAAAGAGCCACAGUACGAAGGUUGGAUCGAGAGGUUUGAUCCUGUCUCCCUCCAGAGAACUGGCGUUACAGACGCUGAAAGUGGUGAAAGAGUUGGGACGAGGGACGGAUCUAAAAUGUGUGCUCUUGGUUGGCGGUGAUAGCUUGGAGGAGCAGUUCGGAUACAUGGCGGGAAACCCGGACAUCAUCAUCGCUACACCAGGUCGCUUCCUCCAUCUUAAGGUCGAAAUGAACCUGGACCUCUCGAGUAUCAAAUACGUCGUAUUUGAUGAAGCCGACAGACUCUUUGAGAUGGGUUUCGCAGCUCAGCUUACCGAAAUUCUUCAUGGUCUCCCACAGUCUCGCCAGACGCUUCUAUUUUCCGCCACACUCCCGAAGUCCCUGGUUGAAUUCGCACGAGCUGGCCUGCAGGAACCAACUCUCGUACGCUUGGAUACAGAAAGCAAAAUAUCUCCGGACCUUCAGAGCGUUUUCUUUACCGUGAAAUCCGCUGAGAAAGAAGGAGCCCUUCUCCACAUCCUGCACGAUGUUAUCAAAGUUCCUACUGGUGAAACAGAGGCUGGAAAGCACGCGAGGGAACAAGCGAUCUCCGGGAAAUCUUCAAAGAAACGUAAACGAUCAGAGCAAAAUAACCCCAACCCACAAGAGUCGCCGACAGAGCACUCCACAAUUAUUUUUGUGGCAACGAAACACCACGUCGACUACAUAGCCUCCCUGCUUCGAGAGUCGGGUUUCGCAGUUUCAUAUGCUUAUGGCUCUCUCGAUCAAACGGCUCGUAAGAUUCAAGUGAGCAACUUCCGAACCGGCAUUUCAAAUAUCUUGGUUGUCACCGAUGUCGCCGCGCGUGGAAUUGAUAUCCCCAUCCUGGAAAAUGUUAUCAAUUAUGACUUUCCUUCUCAGGCCAAAAUUUUUGUUCAUCGUGUUGGACGAACUGCUCGAGCAGGCCGUAAAGGCUGGAGCUAUAGCUUGGUUCGAGAUGCUGACGCGCCUUACCUGCUUGAUCUACAACUCUUCCUUGGUCGGCGACUUGUUAUGGGAAGGGGCCAGCAAGAGAGUGCGAAUUUUGCGGAGGAUGUUGUCGUUGGAGGAAUGGCUAGGGAGUCCAUAGCACGAAGUUGCGAAUGGGUUUCCAAAUUGUUGGAUGAAGAUAUUGACAUUCAAAACCAGCGUGAAGUUGCGAUGAAGGGAGAAAAGCUCUAUAUAAGAACACGAAAUUCGGCAUCUGCAGAAAGUGCAAAACGAGCCAAGGACGUUGUCGCUUCGGAUGGAUGGACUAUGCUACACCCGCUGUUUAAUAACGAAGCGAGUCAAAUGGAGGUUGAGAGGGAGAAAAUGUUGGCGCGUAUAGGGGGCUAUAAACCGCAGGAGACAAUCUUUGAGAUUAGCGGUCGGCGCGGUGGAAAAGCUGGAGAUGAUGAGGCUAUUGAUAUGAUGAGAAAGAUUCGCUCGACGAUGGAGAAUAAGAGGGCAAAGAAGCAAGAUGCUAACCAGCCAACGACUGAUGCAGAGGUUCCAGCGUCUGCCCUGGCAACUACAUUGGGGGAUGACAAAGAUAACGGUCUUGGGGAUGACAUGGAUCAAGACGAUGUUGCCGACAUGUCCAUGGCAUCUGAUUCCGAACUUGAAGUCACAUUCUCUUACCAAUCGGAUAAAUCCAAGUCCAAAAAGAAGAGCGGUGACAAGCAGUCUUCUGGCACGUUUCAAAAUCCAGAAUAUUUUAUGUCCUAUACACCAGCGGCUCAUUCUUUCGCUGAGGAGCGUGGUUACGGGGUCCAUUCCGGUUCCAACAGCAACUUUGUUGAAGCUUCCAGAGACGCAACAAUGGAUUUGUCACGCGACGAGGCCAAUCGCGGUUUCGCAGAGCCUCGUUCCAUCAUGCGAUGGGACAAACGUCACAAGAAAUACGUUUCACGGCGAAAUGACGAGGAUGGCUCCAAGGGGGCUCUUCUUGUCAAAGGGGAGAGCGGCGCCAAGAUCGCUGCAAGCUUCCGGAGCGGUCGCUUCGAUGCGUGGAAGAAAUCUAAACGGCUGGGACGUAUGCCUCGUGUAGGCGAGACAGAGAAUCCCGGCCUCGGUUCUACAGUUCCCGCGAGGGGACAAAAGUUCAGACAUAACAAAGAACAGGCACCCAAGGCAGCUGAUAAGUAUAGAGGUGAUUAUGAGAAGAGGAGAAAGAAGGAGCAGGAACUGCAGAAGCGACAGGCUGAGACGGGAAUGUUGCAGUUUGGAUCAAAGGGUGGAACGAAGAAGGUGAAGAGCGAGAUCAGGAGCGUGGACGAUGUGAGGAAGGCAAGAAAGCUGAAGGAAAAACGGAGAGAAAAGAAUGCCCGGCCCUCGAAAAAGGGAAAGGCGAGAUGA